GUAAAAGUAGUAAAGUAGGCUGCUGGAUGUUAUUGACUAAUGAAGCAAAGGAGAGGGUUUCUUUCCAGGAUGACACACAGACUCUUGACCUGAGAGAAGUUAUUAACUAAAUUUAAGUUUCAAACAAUAGUCAUCAAGCUGUAAACAGUUUAAAUGUUUCUCUGUGUGACGAUUAUAAUAGAGGACUUUCACUCUCUGACAUUUUAUGUGGUUUGAGCAGUUUGCAGAGAUUUCAUCCCUGGUGCUGAGAGGAAACCCGAGCAGAACCGCCCAGAACCAGACCCAUUAGGUGGUGUCAUGGUGUGAUCAGCAGCAGCUUAGUGUUCUCCGCAGUUUCUCUGCAGCUGAAACUGCAGCGGUGGCAGCAGCUCCUUUCUCUUCUCACUUCCUGCUUGGUUCACUUGGGCUCCACAUCGUCUCUGAACCUGCAGCUCGACUGAUCUCUGGAGAACUCAGAACCGGAUCUCUGAGGGGCGGAGCCAGCAGCGCCAGAGCAUGCCGGGUCUAAGCUGGGUGAUGAUCCUGAUGAUGACGAUGAUGAAGAGAGACACUGCCUCUGCUGACAUCAUCAAAGUAUCUAAGGUCAGCGGUGAGGAAGCGGUGCUGCGGUCCGGCUUCCAGGAACAGAUGUUGAGGACCAGACAAGAUUUCAGGUGGACCCACAGCAACCUGCUGCUCACCAACAAGUCCACCAGGUGUCACCACGGCCGCUGUCAGCUGCUGCAGGACGGAUCGCUGAGCUUCAGCGCAGUCCAGGCCGCAGACUCAGGAAGCUACACCCUGGAGGUCUACGACCACCACGGGACAAUCAAAGAGAAGAAGGAGUUCCUUCUGCAGGUGACAGUUAGCAACCAGAACCAACGGGUCGACCCGACAUCUGUGUCCCCAGAAAGCCCCACUGUGAUGAUCUCCAUCAUCUCCUUGGUCAUCCUGCUCUUCCUGCUGCUUCUCUUCAUCACCGUCUUCAUCCUGAGGAAGAGGAGGCUCGGCAGGUCCAGGACCUCAGGUGCAGCAGAUCCUAUGCAGGAGACCAGCCUCUACAUAGAGAUGCGUGGUAACCAUGGUAACCAUGGCACCAAAGACAGCCAGGAGGAGCAGAAGAAGGACGAAGAACCAAUUUAUGUUCCCUGUAAUCCUGGGAUUCCUGCUCAACCGCCUGAAAACAUCUAUGUGUGACGACCAAUCAGAGCCCUGCAGCCUUCCCACACUCAGCUGUGAUUGGCUGAGCUGUCUCUGUCUCUCACUGUUAUUCUUUUCAUCAAAUAAUGUCAAUAAAUGAAGCCAAAACUGAUGGCUGAUGGACU